AUGUCUGCUGACGCCGGCGCUGAUUCUGCUGCGCCACCGAACCUCAACCUCUCCCCCGAGGAGAAGAGGGUUUAUGGUCAACUCUUCCGCCAAGCAGACACUGAAAGUGUUGGUGUCGUUACUGGUGAAGUGGCCGUCAAGUUUUUUGAGAAGACGAGGCUCGAUUCUCGUGUUUUGGGAGAAAUAUGGCAAAUUGCAGACAAUGAGAACCGCGGGUUCCUUACGCCAGCAGGCUUUGGCAUCGUUCUUCGUUUGAUCGGACAUGCUCAAGCCGGACGAGAGCCAACCGCCGAAAUAGCUCUUCAACAGGGACCGAUCCCUCGAUUCGAUGGCUUGUGGCCGCCGCCCUCCUUGGGUUCUCCCACCUCCUCGAGCCCAGCACCCUUGCAGGCGCAAAGCAGCGGUGGACCUGUACGAAUUCCGCCUCUAACACCCGACAAGGUGGCACAAUACACUGGACUUUUUGAGCGACAGCCUUUGCAAGCUGGCAAACUGCCUGGUGAACAGGCCAGAAACAUCUUCGACAAGUCUGGUUUGCCCAACGAGAUACUAGGAAGAAUUUGGGCCCUGGCAGAUACCGAGCAGCGAGGGUCCCUUGUGCUGCCCGAAUUUGUCAUUGCCAUGCAUCUGCUCACAUCUAUGAAGACUGGCACUCUGCGAUCACUGCCCACUGUGCUUCCACCCGCCCUGUACGAAGUUGCCACCAGCCGCGGCGCUGCUCCUCGUCAGUCCCCCAGCAAUACCGGCAUGGGACCGAUACCUAGACAAUUGAGUGGUUCCGCUCAGAUGCGAACUGGCAGUCCUCUUGGACGACCGCCAGUUGGACCUCAAGCGGGAGGUGACUGGGCGGUAUCCGCCUCAGACAAGGCCAAGUUUGACCAAAUUUACGCUACUAUUGAUAAAACAAACAAGGGUUACAUCACUGGUGAGGAGGCGGUUCCGUUCUUUAGCCAGUCCAACCUCUCUGAAGAGGCUUUGGCUCAAAUCUGGGAUCUUGCCGACUUCAACAGUCAGGGCCAGCUGACCCGAGAAGGCUUUGCCGUUGCCAUGUACCUCAUCCGACAGCAGCGGAGCGGGACUGGCGGUUCGCUCCCCAGUGCGCUGCCUGCUAACUUGAUUCCCCCGAGCGUACGCAAUCAGCGACAACCUCCCCCUUUCCCGGCUCCCGUGGCACGGGUGGCGCCUCCGCAGCCCAAAUCUGCACUGGAUGACUUGUUUGGUCUUGAAUCAACCCCUAGCCCUGCUCCGGCGCCAACGCAAACCACAAUGUCCACAGGGGGCUCGAAUUCCAACGAUCCAUUCGCCGGUGGUUCCGCGAUUCUGCCGCCGUCCUCCCCUGUUCGUUCUACCAAUACUGGUACCACAUUCAAGCCUUUUGUACCUUCUUCAAGCUUUGGCAGGGGCCUUGCCGGGCCAUCGCAAGGAGACAUGCCCAAACAGACGGAAGAUCUUCUGGAAGACAAUGACCCAGAAGCCAGCAAGAACAUCACCGGUGAGACUACAGAGUUGGCCAAUCUCUCCAGCCAGAUUGGGACUCUCUCAAAGCAGAUGCAGGAUGUGCAGAACAAGCGAACCACGACACAAGGCGAGCUUAAUCAGACAAAUUCCCAGAAGCAAAACUUCGAGCAACGGCUCGCACAAUUGCGUGCCUUGUAUGAGAAGGAAGCCGAGGACACGCGCUCUCUGGAGGAGCAGCUGAGAAAAUCUCGAGCCGAGACACAAAAACUUCAGUCUGAUUGCAUGACUCUUGAGGGAACAUUGAGGGACGUUCAAUCUCAGCACCAGCAACUCGGAACAGCUCUGCAAGCAGAUCAACAGGAAAAUGCAAGUUUGAGGGAACGAAUCCGUGUUGUCAAUGGCGAAAUUGCUAAGCUUAAGCCGCAAAUUGAGAAGCUCAAGUCGGACAGUCGCCAGCAGAAGGGUCUAGUUGCCAUUAAUAAGAAGCAGUUGGUGACAACAGAAGGAGAGCGAGACAAGCUCAAGAAUGAAGCUGAGGAACUGACCAAGGGAAAUGAGGAAGCUGCUAGAGCGGUCGAUAGCAGCUCUCCAACAUCGGCCACUGCUCAGAUUGCUAGUCCAGCGUUGUCGACCGCCAGUGGUAAUAACCCUUUCUUCAAGCGGACUGCAAGCACCGACAUCAUGGGUGCAUUUGCAUCGCCUCCCGCAAGAUCUUACACCGACAAAUCAUUCGACGAUGUUUUUGGGCCGUCCUUUGGGGCUGGGAGCAACACAAGCACACCUCCUCCACCUGCCUUCCAACAGCAGCAACACACUGGAACAUCUGCCGCCAGCGGAGCAUCCUUUCACACCGGACGAUCAAGUCCAAACACCAGCCGACAGGGUACUCUAAACAUGGAGCCUCCUGCGCCGCCUGCAUCGAGACAAAUCAGCUCCAGCUUCCUGCCCUUCCCGGAUACUACUGAGUCCCUCUCUUCGUCUCGUCAGGUCUCGCCACCUGCUUCGCGAGCCGACGGCCCCUCUGCCGGUAGCACCGGAGAAUCCACGGCCGAGGAAGGUGAAAAGAGCGAGACGCCCGGAGCAACUCCCGUUGCUGCGGGUGUUCCCGCCGUAUCGGUUGAUGAGGCUGCAUCCAAGGCGAAAGGUGAGGAUGCCGCGGCGGCGGGCCCAAAGCCCGACCCCUUUGGUGGCACUGAUCAAGCCAAGGCCAAGGCAGAUUUCGACAACGCAUUUGCUGCGUUCACUGCAUCCGGCAAGGGCAAGGCUACUGGUGAAUCGGAUGCUAAUAAGUCCACCGACGCCUUCAACACUGAGUUUCCUCCCAUUUCUGAGCUAGAGCGAGACGAGGACGAAUCCGAAUCAGAGAGCGAACGAGGCGGGUUCGACGAUGACUUCACUGCAGCGUCGCCCGCAAACAAGGGUAUCAACGCAAAGGAGACACAAGCUGCCGAGACCAAAAAGACGGAGGAAACCUCCCCAAGCGCUGCACCGCAAGUUCCCGCAAAGGAACCUGUCGAAGAUGCCAGCAAGAGCUCUGAGCAGCCGUCAUCACCUGCCACAGUCACCGGCACUUCUCAGCCCACGCUGACUGCGGAUGACAUUUUUGGGGCUGCCGCUCCCGGACCGGUUCCCCCAAAGACGACUGGAAAAGGCGUGUUUGACGACCUGGACGACGAUUUCGAGGGUCUAGAAGACGCCAAGGAAGGGUCUGCUGACGAUGAUUUCGCCAACAUAUCUCGGGAUGAUUUCAAUCCCGUUUUUGACAGCAGCCCACCAGCCAGCCAGGCCAAGACCGGUAGCACUACCCAGCAGAAGACUGCUGACUCUCACGACUGGGACGCCAUUUUUGCCGGUCUGGACUCGCCUAAUAACAUCACUCCUCCUGGCGGCGCUGGGGAAGGGAGUGCGGAUAAGCAAGGCGAGCGUCCAGGACCUCCGGGUCGUGCUCUUACCGAGCAAGGAGAGCACGAUGAUCCAAUCUUGAAGAGCCUCACCAGCAUGGGCUAUUCUCGUUCAGAUGCGGUGGCGGCUCUAGAAAAGUAUGACUACAAUUUGGAAAAGGCCGCCAAUUAUCUUGCAAGCAAGUCAUAG